AGAAUUAGUGAUGCUAGCGAUGAUGAUGAUGACGAUGGUGGUGAAGAUGAUGAUGGUGGUGAUGAUGAUAAUGGUGGUGUUAAUAAUGAUGGCGAUGAUGGUGGUGGUGGUGACAUUGACGACGGUGGUGACUAGUAAUGAUAGUGGUCAUGAUGAUGGUAAUGAUGGUAGUGAUAAUGUCCAGUUAAUGAUGGUGGUGAUGAUGGUGGUGAUGAUGGUGGUGAUGAUGGUGAUGAUGGUGGUGAUGGUGGUGAUGAUGGUGGUGACGAUGGUGGUGGUGGCGAUGGUGGUGGUGGUGAUGGUGGUGGUGGUGAUGAUGGUGGUGGUGGUGAUGAUGGUGGUGGUGAUGAUGAUGGUGGUGAUGAUGGUGGUGGUGGUGAUGAUGGUGGUGAUGAUGAUGGUGGUGAUGAUGGUGGUGGUGGUGAUGAUGGUG